AUCCGUGUUGUUUAGUUUCUUGAGGUCACCGAAGGUCGAGUCGCCGACAUAAAUGCCCAGCGAGAGCUGUGGUUUUCGCGAAAGUGAUUCAAAAGAUAACCUGAAAUACUCAAGAUCAGAUUUGAAUGGGCAAUCAGAAAUAAAUGAAAAUCAAUUGUUCCAAAAAAAUUCAAUCGAAAAUUUACUCGAUAUGCCAAUCCUUAGGAAGGGGCUGACCGAAAUAUUGUCAUUCUCUGCUCUUGUCCCUUCACUUAAACCGUCAUGUGUAUAUAGACAACUGGAUGACCAAGUUUCACCAGAAUCCAACGUCCCAAUGUUAGUCAAGCGCUACUUUGAUGAAUUUGGAUUUCGAAUAGAUGAUCUUGAAAACCUUCCAUGCCCAUUCAUCGAAUCAUCUGCCAAUCGACGUGCUUGGUUGACCUGCUUGGAAUUCUCUCAUACUCAUACACUGGGUAUAUCAAGUCUAGACGAAUAUGAUGCCAGAUAUAGUUCAGUUGGAUCUACCGUCGAUGAAGAUGAUGAUCAAUUAUGGUCAAGAGUAAACUUGCGUUUAGUUCAGUCACCCAGACUAACAGAACUUAUUCGAGGACAAGCCUUAGAUGUAGAAGCCCUUGCUAGAUCUGGUGAACAACUUGGGAUUCCUCAUUCUCUUCGACCUCAUAUAUGGCCUAGACUAACAGGAGCCUUAUUAAAGGCAAAAGAAUCUAAACAACGGAUCCCUUCGAUCACAUAUACUGAAUUAGUUCAACUCAGCUCUACAGACACACUUUUGGCCGGAAUUCAGAUUGAAAAGGAUCUUUUCCGUACAAUGCCAAAUAAUCUAUGUUUCCAUUCCUCGAAUUCUACUGGUAUUUCGAGACUGCGUCGAGUUCUGCGUGCCCUAGCUUGGUUGUAUGUAGAUGUAGGAUAUUGUCAAGGCAUGGGAUUAAUAGUUGCAAAUUUAUUAUUAUGCUUAGAAGAAGAAACAGCUUUUUGGAUGAUGUGCAGUAUUAUUGAGGAUCUUCUACCACCAUCAUAUUUUUCGUCACUUAGUUUAUUGGGUGUACAAGCUGACCAACUUGUACUGAAUCAUCUACUUCCAUUCUAUCUACCGGAAUUAGAUGCACGUUUAAAAGAAUAUGAAAUAAGCCUACCGCUCAUUACGCUACAAUGGUUUCUCACGCUGUAUUCAAGUGUAUGUCCUACAGCUUUAACAUUUCGAAUAUGGGAUUUAUUAUUUUAUGAUGGUUCAGUUGUUCUAUUUCGCAUCGCCCUUGCACUUUUAUCCUACAAAAGCGAAGAAAUCUUGAGUUUAAACAAUUCAUCUCAGAUAUUCCACUCACUUUCUAAUGCACCAGGGUCAGUGACUGACGUAAAUGAAUUAAUCAAGGCUGCCUACAGUCUAGAUGAUGAACAUUUGGAACCAUCAAAUAUCAGUAGUCUUAGACGUCAUUAUUUAGCUCAACUUAUGGUUGAUGAAGGCGCUGUUCUGAAACCAGAUUCUCGUCCUAAUUUACCUAAACAAUAUCUAGCUAAACGACAAUUUCAACGACCCAAAUCUUUAUUCACUACAUUAUUUGCAUCUGUAGCGUCAAAUGGACAAUCAUAUCGUCGAAUUACUGGCAUGGCUGUACCAUUUCAAUAUUCUAUUGGUAAUAAUGAGUUGUCACCGCCAUCAUCAUCUAUACAUUGUAAGCCUGCAUAUGUAAGUGUAAGCUUACAUGAAGGCAGCGUUGAAGCGGACGACCCAAAAUUGAAGAAUGUGCACCAAACGGAAAUACUUGUAGAAUUAAAACAAUCAAUUCAGUUGAUUGUACGUCACUUCCGUAUAAAUGAUCCUGAACAACACGGUGACGCUACCGCACAUGCAGAUUAUUCAAUGGAAAGUCACAAAUUAGACCUCGAUUCUUAUGUACAAAUCGUGCAACAUCGUAGACGACGUGCCAAAGCAUUGAUCGAUUUUGAACGCUUUGAAGUAGAUGAACUGGAAUUUCAUAAAAAUGAUAUCCUAACCAUUAUUAACUCAGAUGACGAACAUUGUUGGAUCGGUGAACUAAACGGUCAACGAGGUUGGUUUCCUGCCAAGUUUGUUGAAUUGUUAGAUGAACGUGGAAAAAAUUAUUCUCCAGCUGGUGAUGAUGGUGUAGACAGAUUAAUUAUUGGCCUUGUUCGCGGAAGUUUUUGCCAUUCACUUGGAGCUGUAUUUUCACAUGGAUUGAAGCGACCACGUCUACUCGGUGAUACUGGUUGUCAUCCAUGGCAUUUUAUUGAAGAAGCUGCGGCUAAAGAAGUAGAAAGAGAUUUCUCUUCUGUUUACUCACGUUUAGUAUUAUGUAAAACCUUCCGAUUGGACGAAGAAGGUAAAGUCCUCAGUCCGGAAGAAGUGUUAUAUAGAACAAUACAUAGUAUAAACAUGUCACACGAUUUAGCUAAUGCUCAUAUGGAUAUCAAAUUUCGUUCCUUGAUCUGCUCAGGUUUAAAGUGAGUAGUUUCCCUAGCUUUUACUUUUUCAAUUCUGUCUUUACAUGUAAAAUUGAUAGUUUUAUCUGCUUUCUAUUGACUGAAUGCGAAAAAAAUUUCUACGUAUAAAGACUAAAAAUGGAAAUAAUAUUGCUUAAUAAUUAAUAAUCCGCCCUUUGGCAGUCUUUCAGUAUUUGAAUCCACUUUUAACAUUCACUUCUGUAUAUUUAUAGACAGAGGAAAACACUAGUUGUAAACUCAAGUUCCCAUAACUGUUUGAUUCCUUGUUUUAGCUUCAGUACAGUCGCCUAUUCUGAUUUGGCUAAUUAAAUGUUAGUUUUUAUUGUGAAUCAUUAAAAAUCAUGGGAUACUGGAUCUCGUACCAGUUUGUAUGUUACAUCCAAUAAAUGUGAAGCGUUUGAUUCCAGCUUAAUAUUGCUUGCUUAAACAUGAUACCCCUUUUGGGCACAAAUAACCUACUAGCGAAUUCCAAGCAGUUCGGUCCUGGGCUCACUUUUCAGUUUGUUGACAAGUUCUAUUCAUGCUUUUAAUGCCUACUUCGAACUUACGGUGAGAUAUGACGUUUGGUCUCCACACAUUUAUGUGAUGAACUCGAACCUCUCAUGUAACUGACCCUUAUCACCACUUUCAUCAUUAUUGAGUACGUAGCACUGCAUAACAUUGGUAAAUUUUACUUGUUUGUUUCGCAAGAUGGGUUGCUGAUGUUGGAUGCGUGGAUUUCUCAUCCUAUUAGUGGCUUUUGUGGUUCUGUGGAGAGAAUCAGUGCCAUUGCUUGUGUGUGGAGCAUCUUUUCCUUGAUAAUGAGAAAACAACAAUUUAUCUUGUAGUUAGUCUUUUCUCUUCAGAUUGCGUCUAACGAGUUUCACUUGUCCUAAGCAUGAUCUGAUCAGCUUAUAUUUUCUCAUUUCUAUAGCUAUUGGAAUGAUACUGCCGAUUUGCCACAUUGCUCAAACACUCCAUAUUGCUAUGCAUAUUGUUGUGGUUGUUUAUGGGAAAGUCAUCUGCCUCAUGGUUUUUGUAGAAUCCUCACUUUGAUGAUGGAAUAUGAUACCUGUUGCAUAUCAUGACCGUUAUACCUCGAGUACAUAGUCUAAUUAGUUUAAAUGUUUGUCUAUGGUUAGCGAUUUCGUAGAGGCUGGUGGCAAUGCUUCUGUAACUUUCUUUUAAAAGAAAAGAAAUCUUUCUUAGAUGAAUUUCAACUGAUCUUUUCUAAAAUUAUUUUUCUUGUUUAUUUCCCCAUAGAUAGUUCGCCUCUUUCUUUUUUCCUCAAUUUUAUUACUUCAUUUGUUUAGUAAAUUUUCGAUGCCGUGUUAUACUAAAGUGUAUGCGCUAUGAAUGUAUAUCCAUGUAAAAAUAGUAGUCACCGUCAACUAUCAACCAACUUCAAGAAGAUUUUAAUAGUUUUCUCCUUUAAGCUUACGCUGUUAUUCGCUUUAAAGACAAUGAAAACUUCAGUAAUAAUUCUCUCAUGUCAGAUAACGUUUUGCUUUCAAAACCUGAUGUUUCACAUUUCAGCAGAUUGAAUUAAUGAUACUCGUAUAACAAACGUAUUAAUAUGUUUCACUGAAGUAUCAGCUGUACUAAAUAUUUUACUUGUGAUUUUAAAGUUUUAUGAUCAUGUCCAACAUUCACAUACUUAGCUUAAUUACUUUUUCUGACAAUUUUUAAGCGAACAACUAUUACAUCUAUGGUUCGAAAUUCUUUGUUCAUCAGUUAAAGUAGUUAGUAAAUGGUAUCAUCCUUGGUCAUACCUUCGCAGUCCUGGUUGGGUUCAAAUUAAAUGUGAAUUACGUGUUCUUAGUCAAUUCGCGUUUCAUUUAUCACCAACAUACGAAUUAAACAGUCUUCAAAAUUUCAAUCAUAUUCGACAAACUGGUUUUACGGCGUCUAAAUUGUUUGCUUUAUCAUCGGAGAGUUUGCCGCGUCGUACCAAUAAAUCCAGCUCAAAGGUAAUAUCUACGAUGGGUAAUGCAUUAGACUUGCAUAAAGUCAAACCUUUACAACGUUUAAUGACUGCUUCAUCUGUUAUCGAUCCAAUGAAUGAUCCGCCAUGUCUGUCUUUAUCAUCAAUUCUAAUACCCAAUGAUGAGAAUUUGAAUGAAAUAGAUAGUAACAUGACAACAGCUGCAACAGAGACGACCGGAGACAUGCUAGUCAAGUAUCAUCUCUUCAGCUGGGAAUUGUGACGAAUGUCUUAAUACAAGCCGACGUUUUCACUCCUUGUUGUUGUUUUGCUUCACGACUUCGCAUCAGUACUCAGAAGUGGGUCUUAAACAAGAUCAAUUUUUCUGUGAUUCCUUUUCUAAUUUUUCGCCUACCGCUGUUUAUCAUGCCUCUUUUAUUUCUAUGUGACUCGAAGUUUUAUUAUUUUAAACUGCGAUGAUUGACUAUUUUUUGUGUCUUUUGUUUAAUUAGACUUCCAUGAUUUCCUCUCUUUAAAUUAUAUAUAUUACAAGAUGGCGGUCUGUCAUGUCAUUUUGGUGUUGGUCUUGUGAUAUUUGUCUGUUAGGGGGUACGUUCAAUUUUUAGUCGUGUUUUACUGUAAACUGUUGUGAUUGCUUGCUUGCUUUUGUUCACCUCAUGGUCUUUCUUUCAUAUCACAUGAAAAAUUUGUUUCUAUUCUCAGUUAACUUGGAAUUAGUCUUUUUUGUCUAUACAUAAUGAGUUGGUUUCGUUGACUUUCCAAGAUCUUUGUAACAAUAUAAGAUAUGUGUUUCGUACACCAAGAAUCGUAUUUCAUUUGUAUUUAUUCACAUUUUCCAAGUUUCAUGAAUUUACUCUUUUUCUAAAAACAAAGUAUAUAAAUUAUGUAUUUGUUUAACUCUUUUCUCUGCCUGAAUCAUUCGAAAUAUACACAAUAACUGCACUUUUGUAACGGUGUUUUGCAAUACUAGUAUAUUUUUAUAACUGUUACGUACAUAUAAACAUAUAUUUUGGCGGUGCAUCAUGUCUGACAAAAUGUCAACUGAAUGUGAUAUAAUAACGAAUCAUUUCCUUUUUUUCAAGCGAACUAUUUUGUGAAGUUUUCAAAGUUUAUUCACAUCGUGUAAACGCUUGUCUGUGUGCUAUCACUACAUAAAUAUCUGUGAAUCGUUUGUUUAUGAUUGCACUCUUGUGUCGUACGUGUCUUUUUGUUUCGUCUAUUCACUCAUUUCCUUUUUUGCUUUAUUCGUAUUGUUAUACUGAUAAUAUACACAUAUAGGUGUUUAUUCGUCUUCAUUUUCAUUCUUCCUCCAUCCCCCCUCACUUUCCUAACAUUUUGAUCUAUUUUCCAGUGUAUUGUGAGUCAAACUGUGAUUCAAUAGGUUAAAGUUUUGUUUGUACGCAUAUAUUUGUUUACUGUUUGUUGAAAAAAGUAUGAAAAAACCGUUCAUGUUUUUCUUGAUCGUUCCAAUCACAAAAUAAAGAUUAAUAAAAUUCG